AUGUCUCAAAUAGCCUCUUCUCCUAUAACUCAAGUGGCUCCCAUGCAAACUCCUCAGAUGCCGGAACAAACGUUUCCGACGAGGCUCUCUCUCGAAUUACGAGGAACACGAUUUGAAAUCGAUAGAGAAAUGCUGAUGAGUUUGCCAGAGAGCAUUCUUAUUGUCAUGUUUCCCAACGGCCUUAUCUUAGGAAGAGGCGCUUUAGAUCCAUAUGGUGAAGAAGUAUCUGAGGGCGAUACCUCUUCUGAAGAUUCGGAAGGAUUGGAAGACCAACUUAUUUAUGUGGAUUUCGAUCCCGCCUGUCUAACAUUUAUCCUGGAAUUCUAUCAAAAAGCACAGGAGGCUUUUUAUUCUAAUCAUCAAGGAGGUGGUGCUUCGGCUUAUCCCCCGAGCGUUCAAAACCCUUUGCUAAACAAGCAAGCAAUUAUCGUUCUGAGAGAAGAGCUGGAUUACUUUACCAUACCACCAAAAUCAAAAAAAGUCGUAGUUGAUGUAGCUUCCUAUCUCAGAGACAAUAAUGAUGUCGAGUCGGUUAUUGACCUCUACACUUUGAAAUCUGAGUGUGGCGUACAUCUCCUAAAUCAAAAGAAGAUAUUCACUGCAUUACAACGGAAUGUAAACAAGGAGAAUAACGCAGCCGAACAACAUCUGAUAGACAUGCUUUGUGUUUCUGGAUUUUCAAGAGAUGACGAGUGGGGCUAUCGUAAUAUUGAACCGCAAAGGACGAGUAUCGUCAGUAUUGCGUUGGUGAUGCUCAAGACAACCGGUCAGAGUAAUCAAAUGGCGACGGCACAGAAGUUGCUUUUGUUCUGGAGAAAACCCGCGAGAAAAUGCUGGUGGGAUGGAGUAGAGGUUUCAAUCGGUGAAGAGGAGAAUCCCACAAAAGUACGAUUGUGGUGCAGGCGCACAUGGACUUUGGAGUUGGCUUUGGUGUAA